AGCUGCUGCUGCUGGAAGGCCGGAUGGCAUUCCACCUGGUUGACCACGGGCUUGAUGCGACAGUUUUGCAGGACGCGCAACGUUUGCGCCGCAUUGAAAUUGGACAGGCCAAUGCUGCGGAAACUUUUUCGUUGAGUUUCUCGUAAGCGCUCGCACGUCCGUUACGUUCCUUAGUCGCGUCGUAACUGUUUUGGGCCGAGUGCUCGGCAGACACGAGCCACGCGGCACGAGCCAAUCGCUCAAUUCACCACCGUUUCGGCUGGCAGAAGAAGAGGUGGAAAACAAAGUAGUAGUUGAAGAAGAAGAAGCAUCUGGCCAGGCAUCCUGCGCCUCGCAGCCCCAGUUGCGAUCACCUCGGCCACACACAGGCCACCAGGUGGGGUUCCCGUUACACAUUACCCACCGCCAAGCUAUCAGCCAAACGUUUACCCGGGAACGUAUGCAUAUCCAGCACAAACCACCAGCCAUGUUCAAAUGAUACCCGUGCAAGUGCAGGUCAUGCAAACUCCAAUGCCUGGCAUGCAAACGUCCUAUCCGCCCAUGCAGCAGCGUGCUGUAAACAAUGGAACUAUGUCUAACGCGGAGCUGACCGUUCUUCCAGCCAACUGUGAGAAGCCGAUCACUCAUCAGACCCACCAAGGGGCGGUCGAAACAGUUAGCCAAAUCUAAACGCUUUUUACUAAGGUUUACCAUUUGACAUAAAGUAUUU